CAAUAGGUGAAGAUGGUUGAGGUUUACUUACAUGAUAAUAAAGAUACCCCAGAAAACUUCACUGAUGCACACAAUUCUGGAGAAUCGGUUUCUUUGGAAGAAUUAUCCAAAAUUGGAGUUAUCUACCGUUAUAUUGAUAGCGAAGACAAAUUGAAUGAAUUAGCCAAGGAAAGAGAUUAUAAGAAUAGAGAUCAGGUGAGUCUUAACUUGGGAUCAUUUAAUGAUGAUAUUGAAGCUUUUAAUAAUAAAAUGGCCCAAUUUUAUAAAGAACAUUAUCACGAAGAUGAAGAAAUUAGAUAUAUUGUUAGUGGUGAAGGUUACUUUGAUGUUAGAGACCAAGGAGAUAAAUGGAUUAGAACUAAAUUAGUUGCUAAUGACUUACUUAUUUUACCUGCUGGUAUAUAUCACCGCUUUACUUUAACAAGUGCCAAAAGAGAUGUAAAAGCAGUUAGAUUAUUUAAAGAUGAACCAAAAUGGGAAGCCAUUAAUAGAGAUACUGGUAGAUUAAGCAGUGCUCGCGAGAACUAUGUCAAAACCGUUGCUGUAUAAUGUUCUCCCAACCUUAUUUAUUCUAUUUAUUUCUCUACAUACAAUUCUUGAUUAUUGUUAUUGAUUAUAUGACUUGAUGAAAUU